AACUUACCAAAAUGGGAACUAGUUGCACUUGAAGUGAAAGAAAUAAGAAAGAAUACGAAUCUGUUUUCAAAGAUUACCACCCGAUUGAGAAGAAAUCUAAUGCGAAGCUCUUCUUUGAUGAUGUCAGCUUUGAUAUGAAGAGUAAAAGUAACGAACAAGACAAGGCUCAGAUUUACAAAGAGCUUGCCCAGUUCAAACAGGCUCAUCAACAAGACGACAAAAUUAAUAAGAAACCCAAGGAUUAUAAAGUAAGUCAGCAAAGACAGAAAGACAAAAAGGAUAAAGGCAAAGGUCAACCAAAACCCAAGAUCUCUGCCCAAGAGAUCCUGGACUACGUGCUUGAGGAUGUCAAGGAGCAGUACAAGAGGAAAAGAUCUCAGAUGGGCAGUAAUGAUUUUGGUCGAUGUGAAGGAUGGAAACUCAGCCCUCGAGUGAACUCAUAGAGGAUGCCACUAAUGAAACACUUUGGUAGUUUCAUAAAU